GUGAAUACCCCGGUUACGCCUGCGCCCAAGCAGCGUGUGUUGUGGAUGUGGCAGCACAAGUCUUACCCGGGUGACUGACAACGUGUCCUCCUUCUGUGUCCACCCACAGGUGCUGUUUUCACGGACUUCUGUAGAGACUGACUUUGUCAACUCUUUUCAGUGCCAUGUUUGCCAGGCUGGCCUUGUGCUCUCGCCUGCCACAGAGAAACUGGCGAUCAUCUGCCUGUCCUGUCCCUGUCCGAGGGUUUUCCCAGAAUAAAUUUUCACAUCCACGGCCCCAUGGCAAAUCCUUUGCCCACCGCAGUGAGUUAAAGCAGGCCAAACGCAUCGUAGUGAAGCUGGGCAGUGCUGUGGUGACCCGUGGAGAUGAGUGUGGCCUGGCCCUUGGACGUCUGGCCUCAAUAGUAGAGCAGGUGGCCAUGCUUCAAAAUCAAGGCAGGGAAAUGAUGAUAGUCACCAGUGGUGCUGUUGCAUUCGGGAGGCAGAGACUGAGACAUGAGAUCCUGCUGUCUCAAAGUGUCAGGCAGGCGCUUCACUCUGGACCGAACCAACUAAAAGACAUGUCACUUCCAGUUUUAGAAGCAAGAGCUUGUGCGGCUGCUGGUCAGAGUGGUCUUAUGGCAUUGUAUGAAGCAAUGUUCACCCAGUACAGCAUCUGUACAGCACAGAUUUUGGUCACCAACCUUGAUUUCCACGAUGAGCAGAAACGUCGCAACUUGGACAGCACACUCUAUGAACUGCUGCGAAUGAACAUAGUUCCUAUAAUUAACACCAAUGAUGCUGUUGUCCCACCUCCUGUUCCAAACAGUGACUUACAGGGUGUAAACGUAAUAAGCAUUAAAGAUAAUGACAGCUUGGCUGCACGACUUGCUGUGGAAAUGAAAGCAGACCUGCUUAUCGCCCUUUCAGAUGUGGAAGGUUUAUAUGACAGACCUCCAGGAUCAGAUGAUGCCAAGCUCAUUGAUAUAUUCUACCCUGGAGAUCAGCAGUCCAUCACAUAUGGAAGCAAGUCUAGGGUUGGCAUUGGAGGCAUGGAAGCCAAGGUGAAAUCUGCUCUUUGGGCCCUACAGGGUGGAACCUCUGUCGUCAUUGCCAACGGCACUGAUCCUAAAGUCACGGGUCACGUCAUCACAGACAUUGUUGAAGGGAAGAAAGUGGGAACCUUCUUUUCAGAAGUGAAACCUGCUGGUCCAACUGUGGAACAGCAGACAGAGAUGGCCCGGCAUGCAGGCAGAACUUUAGCCUCUCUGUUACCUGAGCAGAGAGGAGAAAUUAUCUAUGCUCUUGCUGAACUACUUACAGAAAAGAAAGAUGAGAUCCUCAGUGCCAACAGGAAAGACAUGGAGUUGGCAACUGCAUCAGGGACUUUGUCUCAAGCUAUGAUCCAUCGUCUGAGUCUGUCGACGGCUAAACUGAACAGUCUUGCCAUCGGACUUCGUCAGCUUGCUGUUUCCUCCAAAGAUAGCGUAGGCCGAGUGUUGAGGAGAACCAGGGUGGCCAACAACCUGGAGCUGGAGCAGAUCACUGUCCCCAUUGGUGUCCUGCUGGUCAUCUUCGAGUCACGCCCAGAUUGUCUUCCUCAGGUGUCAGCUCUGGCUAUUGCCAGUGGAAAUGCGCUGCUGCUGAAAGGGGGGAAAGAAGCUUCUCACACAAAUAAAAUUCUGCAUCAACUCACUCAGGAAGCACUUUCCAUUCAUGGAGUCUCAGAUGCCAUUCAGCUGGUGAGCACACGUGAAGAAGUUGAGGAUCUGUGUCGGCUGGAGAAGUUGAUCGACCUGAUCAUUCCCAGAGGUUCUUCUCAGCUUGUGCGUGAAAUCCAAAGAGCAGCCAAGGGUAUUCCUGUUCUGGGCCACAGUGAAGGUGUCUGUCACGUCUACAUCGACAGUGAAGCCAGCAUAGACAAGGCUGUAGAUGUUGUCAGAGAUUCCAAAUGUGACUAUCCUGCUGCCUGCAACGCCAUGGAGACCCUCCUUAUUCACAGAGACUUGUUACGAACUGCCAUGUUUGACCAGAUCAUUGAUAUGCUCAGAACAGAACAUGUGAAGAUCCAUGCUGGGCCACAGUUUGCAUCCUAUUUAACUUUUAGCCCAUCUGAGGUGAAGUCUCUGAGGACAGAGUAUGGAGAGCUGGAGUGUUGCAUUGAGGUGGUUGACAGCAUACAGGAUGCCGUGGACCACAUUCAUAAAUACGGCAGCUCCCACACUGAUGUUAUUGUAACAGAAAAUGAAGAAACAGCUCAGCAGUUCUUGCAGCAAGUGGACAGUGCCUGUGUGUUCUGGAAUGCCAGCUCUCGCUUUGCUGAUGGCUACCGUUUUGGUCUGGGAGCUGAAGUUGGCAUCAGCACAGCAAGGAUACAUGCCAGAGGUCCAGUGGGUUUGGAGGGGCUUCUCACCACCAAAUGGAUUCUUCGAGGAGAAGGGCACACAGCAGCUGACUUCUCAGAGGGAGGCAGUAUGAAAUACCUCCACGAAAACAUGCCUGUUCACCAGGGCAGCUUCAGUUAACUCUUUCAGCUACGAGCCAUCACCUGGAAUUACGUUUCUCUGGCUAAUUCAAGAUGUGUGACCUCCUGUAGCACUAUUUAGCUGCCUUUCAGCUACUGAGUACAUUUAUUUUUAUUCACUUGCAGAACUGAACUGGUUUUGUGAACCAGUGCACAAAUGUCAGAACCUUUUUUUAAAAUAAUACAAAACCGUUAAAAAAUGACUAGUUGUGCAGUGACAAGCAAACUUAACAAAUGAACUGGAUAUAUUUUAUUUUUACUUUGCCAAAUAAAUCAUUGCCCCCUCUGUGA